UCCAAAAGACGGUGAAGUCGAUGAGGCCAGUAAGGCCAUUUCUUGUUGGUCUGUUGAUGUUUUGAACUUUGGGGCCUCAGCCAGAGCGUAUACAUAGUAUGGAGCAGACAGAUUACAAUUAGUUGCCCAGAAUCGGCCAAUUAGCAAUGACAGACACCGUGAUUGGAAACAGCUCUAACCGAUGGAUGUGUCCCAAUGACAAGCAAAUGGCUCUUAAAUCCAAGCAUGAUGCUGGAUGGUCCUGUACAAAGUGACAUCCAAAGAAAACAUGAAGAUCUAACAGAUGAGGAAAAAGAAAUUAUCAACAGAGUGAUUGCUCGAGCAUCCAAGAUGGAAGAGAUGGAGCAAGAACGAAUUGGGCGCUUGGUUAAUCGUUUAGAAGACAUGCGGAAGGCUGUGACCGGUGAUGGGGUAAAUCGAUGUAUCCUUUGUGGGGAGCAGUUGGGACUUCCAGGAUCAAAGUGUGUUGUUUGUGAAGACUGCAAAAAGAAUGUCUGCACGAAAUGCGGUGUGCAGACCAACAGCCGCCCUCACUCCAUCUGGCUAUGUAAAAUAUGCAGUGAGCAGCGCGAGGUGUGGAAGCGAUCUGGAGCAUGGUUCUUCAAGGGCUUCCCAAAGCAAGUCCUUCCUCAGCCAAUACCAAUGACUAAACCCAAACCCCAAAAACCUCCCAGUGACAAAACGACAUCAGAUGUAUCGGAACAGAAACGCUACCCUCGCACUCAGAACCGAGGUCAAGUGGAAGUUACAACGCAGCCAGACCAGGAAUCAGGUGGCAUGGAAUCAAACGAAGCUCCUUCUGGAAGAGGAAAUUACCCCCCUCCUGCUCGCAAGCAGCCAGAAGCAAGAAUGGCUCCAAGUGGUGGUGAAUAUGCAGGCGCCGAUCUAGAAGGCAGGGACUCUCCUUCCAGCAACAUGGACAAUGAGAGUAACAGAAGUCCUGGAGGUGUGAGGCGUGGCAACUCUGUCCAAGGCACGAAGGUGGCUCCUCCAGCAAACCAAAAUGCUAACAAUCCGACUACUCAGCAAGCAAGUGGAAGAUCAGCACCAAGGACAGCUGCCGCAAACAGAUUUCCUGAAGGCCAAGUGGGCAAUACUAAUCCUCCAUCUCAAGUAGAACGUGCCUACUCAGCAGCCCCAAAGGAUGAGAGAGGUUUUACCGGAAUGGGUGUUCGUGAGGAUAGACCUCUCCGUCAGACUGCAUCAUACACAGCUGCACCCUCUUCAGCCAUGGCAGCUCCUGUACGACAACCACAAGAAGAGGAAGAGGAGGAAGCAAACAGCUAUGACUCGGAUGAUGCAACUACACUGGGAGCUCUAGAAUUCAGCCUUCAUUAUGACCAAGACAACAGUUCUCUGCAUUGCACCAUUAUCAAAGCAAAGGGUUUAAAGCCUAUGGACUCUAAUGGAUUAGCUGAUCCCUAUGUGAAGUUACAUCUUCUACCAGGAGCCAGUAAGGCAAACAAACUGCGGACUAAGACUCUCAGAAAUACUCGCAAUCCAGCGUGGAAUGAGACUCUCGUGUAUCAUGGAAUCAGUGAUGAAGAAUUGCAGAGAAAAACACUAAGGAUCUCGGUGUGUGAUGAAGAUAAGUUUGGUCAUAACGAGUUUAUCGGUGAGACACGGUUCUCUCUAAAGAAGCUGAAACCCAACCUUAAGAAGAACUUCAAUGUGUGCCUGGAAAGGGUGAUCCCAAUGAAGCGUGCUGGGACCACAGGGUCAGUACGUGGAAUGGCUCUGUAUGAAGAUGAAGCAGACCGUGGGGGUGAUGUAGAAGAUCGUGGAAAGAUUCUGGUGUCUCUGAUGUACAGCACACAGCAGGGAGGUCUAAUUAUUGGAAUAGUACGCUGUGUUCAUUUAGCUGCUAUGGAUGCUAAUGGGUACUCAGAUCCAUUUGUUAAACUGUGGCUAAAACCAGAUGUAGGCAAGAAAUCAAGAUUUAAGACGCAAAUUAAAAAGAAAACACUAAACCCAGAAUUCAAUGAGGAGUUCUUUUAUGACAUUAAGCACAGUGAUCUAGCUAAGAAACAGCUGGAUAUAUCAGUAUGGGACUAUGACAUUGGCAAAUCCAAUGAUUAUAUUGGUGGCUGUCAGCUUGGCAUCACUGCCAAAGGGGAGCGUUUGAAGCAUUGGUAUGAAUGCCUGAAGAACAAAGAUAAGAAGAUUGAACGCUGGCAUGUUUUACAGAAUGAAAACCAUGUAGCAAGUGACUAAAUUGCUACAGCAGUGUCUAACUACAAUUCACAUUCUGUACCAAUUCACUGUAAACUUUAUAUGUCUUGUCUUCCAAAGUGAUCACACUUUUCUCUCUAUUAGCUAUAGGAAAAAAAAAGGCUAUUUUGAGUCACUCACUCUUAGGGCUCCAUUUAUCAAACUGUGAUAGCAGCUUGAGAGUCCAGCAUUUAAGGCUCACUCAGAAGGAGCCUGAAAUGCUAGUUUAGUGGCAGUGGUCUACUUAACCUCUCCAUGAGACUUUAGGUGGCGGCUUUCAGUCAUCCCGAUCAUAUCAUAUUAGGAUUAUUGCCAGCCCCUCUUGCACGCGAUUGGCCGCGCGCAAGCAUGAGGCGACAUUGCACAAUCAGUGGAUUGUGCAAUGUUAAAUGCAGGUAGCAUACUGCUGCCCUCAUGCCGCUGGGCAGACAAAGUUCAUGAAUGUGAACCUCGUCUGCCUGCCAAAAGAUAAAUGGAGCCCUUAUUAGAAUCUUUAUGCAAAAAAUAAAAAAUAAUAAAAAUAAUAGAAUUGCGUAUAUAUGUCCUUAGAAAAGAAUAUUAAUUUGGAGUUAUUUAUUGAUGAUUCUUGUGUUUGUUCCUCUGCUUGUUAUCAGUCAUUUGAAGCCCACUUGUAUCCUAAGCAAAUUCAUUAAAUACAGGCAAAGUUUAGAUUAGAUUUAGUUGUACGGUUAAAAAUAAUUCUGCUUCUAUGGAAUAAUGCUAAAUCACACUGAAAGUUUUUUUUUUUAACCAGGCAUGGUUUCCUCUGAAAAAUAUGUCAGUUACCUUUUUUGAUGUACCCUAUAAAAUGGAUGCAACCUUAAAGGAAGAGUAAACACUUUAAUGUUAUGAUAUAAAAUAUUUACUUAUGCAUAGUAAAACAACUUUGCAUUAAAUUGUAAUUAUUUAUUUUUCCCACUUAAUUUAUAUUUUAAUCUUGGAAACUGUAGAUUUUCCAGUCCGAAAUACUGAAAAAGAGCAUAGCAGGCUUACCUACUGUUGCAAGUUUGAAGUUUUUCUUAUAAUUUUUUGCUAAAGCCAAAUAAUGGAGAUUGUGUUAACAAAAUGAUAGGUCUAAUGCAACCUUAAGUUCGGAUUGGAUCCUCUAAACUGAAAAACAAUUGAAGCAAACAAGUAGUUAAUCUGUUGUAAUAACAUUCAGACUCUGCAAUUAAAUUAACCUAAAAAUGUUGUAAUUACAAGGUGUUUACUGUCCCUUUAAAUCCUUUCCUGCACCAGACAACACACAAUAUUUCUUAGGGGCAUCUUUUGUGUCCUGUUUUCUGGUACAGAGUAAGAACUGUUAAAACCCAUUCAUACUAUACUAUAUAUAUAUGGCCAUAAGGAAGCAGACGUAUUUUAAAUUGUCAAUACAUUAAUGCUGUUACUUCAUAUUGUUCCUCUUUCUUAGCUGUAUAAUUGAUAAAGAAUGGCAAAAAAUAUCAUACAA